CUUUCAAGUUAUUUUCUAUUUCUAUUAUUCUUUGUACUUUCAUUACAUAUAUGGAAUGAUUCAUCAUCUAUUCCUUUUAAUUAAGAUUCGAUGUAACUAUAUAAACUUCAUUUAGAAUUAUACUACAAACACAAUCAUUAUCAUCUAUGGCAUCUACAAUCAAUGUUAAAGAACUUGUUGAACAAAUGAAACAUCUUCUUCAAGAUUUAAAAUCAUGCCCAGUAACAGAUAAAUUGAUUACCAAUGAAGAAAAUAUUAUAAGAUUCCUUAAAGCACGUAGUUGGGACUUACAAUCUGCAGAAAAAAUGAUGCGUAAAGAUGUACAAUGGCGCCAAGAAUUUCGACCAGAUUUAACAGACUGUAAAAAUUGUCACAAUCAACCAGGAACUCAUAGUUUAAGACAGAUAGGAUUUGAUGAAGCUGGGCGUCCAAUUAUAUAUGCAUCAUUUUGUCAAGCUAUUUCAAAUAGAAACAUGUCAAAUGACGCAGUAACUCAUCUAAUAUAUACAAUUGAAAAUGCAAUCAAAAGUAUGAAGUCUGGUGUUACACAAUGGGUUUUUGUAAUUGAUUGCACUGGCAUGACUACAACCAGCUGUCAUCCUCGUCUUGGUUACGAAUGUGCCAAAAUAAUGGCUGUUCAUUAUCCAGAGCGCCUUGGUUUAGCAAUCUGUGUUCAUCCAGGACCUGCAUUCAAAGUUGCUUGGCAAGCCAUUAAACCAUUCUUACCACAGACAACAGUAUCAAAAGUUUGCUUUAUUAGAAGUAAAUCAAAAAUAUUUUCAACAUUUGAACAAUACUUCUCUCCAGAAACGUGUAAUUGGUUAAUAACUGAAGUAAAAUUCAAUAGAUCAAGACAGACAACAACCAAAUACCGACCAUUCUGGUUACCUCCAAAAGAUUCCGAUGAUAAACAUGAUCCUAGAGGUGAUCCGAUAUAUGUUCGUGAUUGGCUUGUACUGAAUCAUCCAACUCAACAUUUACCACAUCCAAAUAUUGUUGAUUAUAUGCUUGGAUGUUUAAAUUCACUUAAUUAUGAAAAUGCAUUAUGCUCUAAUCAUCUGGUUGAUAGUAAUUAUGACUUAACAGAAAAGGGAUUUGGUGAUUUUGAAGAACAUGAAAAUGAUGCUGAUGAGGAAGAACUUACCAAAAUGCUUGCUGCAGAAUUACCAAAAGAAUUUAUGAUUCCUGAAAAUGCAGAAAAGUUAACAUAAAUUAUUAUAUUACAUUAGAAUAUUUAUAUUCUGUUGGCUCGUUCUCAUCUUUUUAACACACUUGUCAUUUUAUACCACUGAAAGAUAAUAUACGAAUCAAUAAGAGAUGAGUUCUAAGGGUUAGACAAUGGAAAGUUUUUUGGUAAUAUGGUACUUUAUUUGCAUGUAUUUGGUUUAUUUUUAAAGAAAAAUUAUUUUUUAAUUCAAGUUUUCAUUAUUCCUCAAGUUAAAAUCUCUUCAUUAAUCACUUGAAACUUCGACAAUGAUCAAACAGUUCAGUUGAAACAACAGUAUGUUAUCUAUUUAACAUGGUGAAUAAUCGAAUAUAUUCAGAAAAAGGAAAUGUUUUCAACAAAAUGUCUACUUUUAAUCAACUCAUUACUUUGCCAACAUGAAAACCAUCUAAUAGAAACUAAUUAACGGAGAACUGCAUUUUCGGAUGAAUUACCGAAACAAUCCAGUUGCCAAUUAUGAAAAACUUAUGUAGCCCUGAACUUUUGUGAGUUUCUUCUGAUCUAGUUUCUGCCAUUUAAACAAUUUUUACUGAGCAUAUAUUAUCCCAAAAUAAUGGUUUUACUUUGAUUACGUGUUACCUUACUCAUAGGUUUUAUAUUUGUAGAUUCCAAACUAAAUAAGCUUGAAAUGAUGAAUAACUGUCAAGGCUAUUUAGUUUGUAAUUAUUAUUAUUCACAUACAGCUUGUGGGUACAUAAGUGUUGUAAGGAAGCUAUUUCGGGUUUCCUCAAAAAUGCAAUGAUACACAAGUUUCAAUAUUGUUAGCAUAAUAUUUAGAAUAUUUAAAGCUACAGGAUCUGUGCAAUUGAGUUGUUUUUAAAGAAGUAAAACGAGAAAAUAG